AUGUGCCGCGAGGUAAAGGUCAGGCAACUUCAUGAAGCAGAAGGGCACAUUAUUACGUUGGAAUCAAUUACCGGGGAUACAUAUCGCGGUAAACUGUUGAAAGCCGAAGUAAAUAUGAACUGCUUGAUGUCUGAGGUUACACUUACUUAUAAGAAUGGGAAAGUCUGCUCGUUUGAAAGUAUGUACAUUAAAGGCACAAAAAUACGAUACUUCAUUUAUCUGGACAUGAUCGCAGAUAGGCCCAAGUUCAGAAAGACCAUACCCAGAGCCGGUGUUCGUGGUUCUCAUCGUGGGAACGUAGUUUCUCCAGCACAAGGUAAAUUCUAA